AUAAGACUCCGGAGUGGCUGUGUUGUGGUUGAUUUAUGCAGGCGGCGCCUAGCUGCGCGGUAGAAGCGCUGCGGAUACGGUGACGAGAAUGAAUGCAAGAACGCAUAGGUAGGACAAUGGGUGUGUAAACGAAACUGGGAAAUCACCUCUUGGGACAGAUCCUGAAUUUGUUACAUCUGGUAAAAUAAGAUGUCGAGCCGGAUCAGACCUGGCUACUGUCGCCAGGACGUGAACAAAACCACAUGGGAGGUACCCGAGCAGUUCCGGGAGCUGAAACAGGUGGGGACAGGGGCUUACGGUACAGUCUGGUAAGUUUCGUGGCAACUGGGGUCGAAAGAGAUGUAACAACUAUUUAUGUUUUGGUGCUAUUCAAAAUGUUAUCAUAUACCUAAAGCUGUGUGGUUAAAUUACACGUGGCUAUAUAUAUAUUUUUUUUCAGUACAAGAGAAAAUAGCUCUUGAGUUUCACACCAAAGCAAGGGGCACUUCCUUAUUUGAGGGCAGAUUUCUCUGUAUCACCUCAACCCAUUUUGAAAUGUCACAGCCUUUUGCGUUCUAACCUCACUGGUCUUUGGAAGUGCCCAUCUUAAGGGUACUCAUUCUCAUAAUGUAGGCUAAACUAGAGCCUAGAAUAGAAUGACAAUCUGUAUGAAACUUUAGAAUUAAAUUAUGUGUGUAUUAUUCUAACAUCACUAAAAAGUUACAAACGCUCAGAAACCGAUCUUUAAAUCAUUUGCGCAUUGUCAUUGCGCUCUAGUCACAUUACCUUUGUGUGACUAGCAGCAUAGGUCCUUACAUAGAGUACAACAGUAUGAGUCGUAAUACCUAUAAAACCUAGAGGUCAAACAGGGAAAUGGUUCCAAUCACCCUGAAGAAGGCACAGUGAUGCCGAAACGUUGGUGGUUUCUUACCCAAUAAAUUACUGGGAGUUUAUACAUAGUGUGCGGCUCUCUUUACUUGUUUUUAUAGCUUACAGUUUAUUCACCGUUAGUCAGCACCUCUAUACUAAAUAAUGUUCUCUGUGUGUGCGCCAGAUCAUGCUUUUUAUUAGACUAUUACCAAUCGUUUUUGCACCAUUCAUUUUUCCCAUAGGGGAUUUUAGACUGUGUAUGCUCUGUGGGCGUGUCCAGAGUUGUCGGCUGGCUGAAUGCCAAAUUGUAACACAAGAUCAACUCAGCAUUUCAAGGUGGUUCAUUUGUAUUGGUUGGGAGUUGUACUACAAAGAAGCAUCACUUUCUAUGUUUGGCUGGGAAAUGGUGUACAGGCCCUGGAAAGGGAUGUUUAAAAACGGAAUUAACGUGAUUCUGCAAUAGUAUAGGACUCAAGGCUUAAAUCAACGUUUUAAAUAACUAUUUGAAGACUGUGUACAUCUCUUCCUCCAACACCUCACUGUCAUCUCCAUAUCUGUCUCCAGCUCUGCGGUGGACUUCAGGACAGGGACAAAGGUGGCCAUUAAGAAGCUCCACAGGCCCUUCCAGUCUGAGCUCUUUGCUAAGAGGGCCUAUCGGGAGCUGAGACUGCUCAAACACAUGAAACAUGAAAAUGUAAGACCUGCAAGCCUAUAGUCCAAAAUCAACCCUUAUCCUGUUUCAAUGCAUUACUUUAGUCCUUGAGGUUUGUAGCCCUGAAGGUUUUUCCCGCCCUGAGUGACACUAAGUAAUUGCAAUCAAGUAGGAUGGCAGGAAGCCUAGUGGUUAAGAGCAUUGGGCCAGUAACCAAAAGGUUGCUGGUUGGAAUCCCUGAGCAGGCUAAGUGAAAAAUCUGUCUUUGCCCUUGAGCAAGGCAAUUAACCCUAAUUGCUCCUGUAAGUCGCUCUGGAUAAGAACAUCUGCUAAGUUACUUAAAUGUAGCCUUAGUGAUGCAGAUGUAGUCUUAUCUCUGCUUUAAUACUAUAAUAAACCCUGAUAAAUACCUCAUAUGAGAUGUUUCUAUUCUCUCCCUGGGACCAGGUUAUUGGCCUUGUGGAUGUAUUCACUGCAGAACUCUCCUUGGACAGAUUCCAUGACUUGUGAGUACACUUGUGUUUUCAUAUUCAGGCACAAUAGCUCACAAACCUCAAGUAAAUAAAAACAGGAGACACAAUAUCCACAUUCCACCCACUGGAUUUUAGCAGUGUUCCGUCUUUCCUCUUCAUGUUGGUUGGUUAUUUCGAAGAUAUGUAGACAUUUUAGUCUCUCGCGAUCUCUCCCUCCCUCGCUCUCUCUCAGCUAUCUUGUGAUGCCCUUCAUGGGAACAGAUCUGGGGAAGUUGAUGAAGUUACAGAAUCUUUCAGAGGACAAAGUGCAGUUCCUGGUCUAUCAGAUGCUGAAGGGACUCAAGGUGUGUCUCACAUAGCCACAAACAAUCUCAUAGAUAAAUACUUCUAUACAGUAUAGAAAUACAUAUACAUCCUGCUACUGUAUGAUAUUGAUGGAAAUGGUUGUCUUCUUUUAUUACAGUAUAUCCAUUCUGCUGGCAUCAUUCAUAGGGUGAGUGAAUCUCCUUUUUCCUGUGUGUGUGUGCGCAAGCCUGUGUCAUGCAAGUGUGUGUGCAUGUUUUAGGCCCCUCAAAAUGACCCUCUUAAUGUUUGUAUCUGUAGGACCUCAAACCAGGGAAUCUGGCCGUUAACCAGGAAUGUGAGCUCAAGGUACACAGUCACACACCCAGUGCUCUGAUAACCUAAAUAAACCUUCCACCACUGUGUCCAGCUCCGCUGUCAAUAACUCAGUCUGUGGCUUAAUGGCCUCUACACAGGCCAACAGAAAACAUUACUCUCUGUUGUCAUGGUUUGAUGCUUGAGCACAGUUUUGCAGCAAUAAUAACUUCCAUAAUAAUAACUUCCAUAGUAUUUCGUAGUCAUGAACUGUCCCAUUGAUGUGCAAUUGAUUAUUAGUAGGACUGAUUUUGCAGAUGGCAUAUGAUUUAUAAUGAUUGUGAUACAGUAUGUGGGUGUUUUACACACCUUAAUUGAAUGAAGAUAGUGUCUGCUGAGUGACUCAAAUGUAAAUGUAAUGUCCAGUAAUAAUAAAAGCUUGUUGUGUCUGUUGUCUGUGUCAGAUCCUGGACUUUGGCCUGGCGCGGCAGGCGGACAGUGAGAUGACAGGCUAUGUGGUGACCCGCUGGUACAGAGCCCCAGAGGUCAUCCUCAGCUGGAUGCACUACACCCAGACUGGUCAGUACACUACGCAACACUCAUCUUAAUUGGUCCAGGAUUAGAUGUGUUGGUAAGCCACUGAUGGUUAAGGCUAAUAAUGGGAUACAGACAACUGAUCCUAGAUUGGAUCUUUUACAAGGAUGGAAAGUAAUCUGAGUGGUCUUCGUAGAUGACAGGGUCAACUAAAUGCAUUGGAUACUUUAUGUAGUGUACAUUGAAGCCUAUGGAGAAUGUUAGAAUGUCCGUUAGGUGGUGCUCUGGUCUGUAUUUUUGCCUAGUGAUAAAUGCACUCAAACAUGGUUCUAUCAGCUCUAAACACCAGUCAUGUUAAUGGAAGUCCUUUCUAUCAAAAACCGUUUAUUCAUGGCAGCCUUGUCAGGAAACUUAAGGAGAGAGAUGCUGCUUAUAAACACGGCAAGGUGACCGGGGACAAUUGUAUGGUUAAACAGUACAAAUACGACCUACGGACGACGCAAUCGCCAUUGCACUGCACACUGCCCUCACCCACCUGGACAAAAGGAAUGCAUAUGUGAGGAUGCUAUUUAUUGUCUACAGCUCGGCCUUCAAUACCAUAGUGCGCUCUAAGCUCACCACAAAGCUCACGGCACUGGGACUGAACUCCUCCCAAUGCAACUGGGUCCUGGCCGUCCCCAGGGGGUGAAGGUAGGCAACAUUACCUCCUCCACACUAAUCCUCAACACGGAUGCGUCCUCAGUCCCCUCCUGUACUCCCUGUAUACCCACGACUGCGUGGCCUCACACAGUUCCAACUCCCACAUCAAGUUCAGUGACGACACGACAGUAGUAGGCCUGAUUACCAACAACAACGAGACGGCCUACAGAGAGGAGGUGGGCACUCUGACGGUGUGGUGCCAGGUAAACAACCUCUCCCUCAACGUCAGCAAAACAAAGGAGCUGAUUGUGGACUUCAGGAGCAACCACACUUGGCACGGAGACGGUCAGCACACAGCAUUCUGCAGCGAUACACCAUCCCAUCUGGUUUGGGCUUAGUGGGACUAUCAUUUGUUUUUCAACAGGACAAUGACCCAAAACACCUCCAGGCUGUUUAAGGGCUAUUUAACCAAGAAGGAGAGUGAUGGAGUGCUGCAUCAGAUGACCUGGCCUCCACAAUCACCCGACCUCAACCCAAUUGAGAUGGUUUGGGAUGAGUUGGACCGCAGAGUGAAGGAAAAGCAGCCAACAAGUGCUCAGCAUAUGUGGGAACUCCUUCAAGACUGUUGGAAAAGCAUUCCAGGUGAAGCUGGUUGAGAGAAUGCCAAGAGUGUGCAAAGCUGUCAUCAAGGCAAAGGGUGGCUACUUUGAAGAAUCUAAAAUAUAAGAUAUAUUUUGAUUUGUUUACCACUUUUUGGGUUACUACAUGAUUCCAUAUGUGUUAUUUCAUUGUUUUGAUGUCUUCACUAUUAUUCUACAAUGUAGAACAUAGUAAAUAUAAAGAAAAACCCUUGAAUGAGUAGGUGUCCAGACUUUUGACUGGUAGUGUAUAUAUUUUUAUUAUUGUUGUUUCAUUCACUUCUCUUUUUGACCUGCACUGUUGGAGCUCUGAGUUUAAAAAUUUCACUGUACCCUGCAGUUAAAUCUGCGACUCUGUCUAUGUGACUAAUAAACUCAUCUAAUGUAAUCAGUUAACAGUAUUUUCCCAUUUUCUUCUAUUCUUAGUGGACAUCUGGUCAGUGGGCUGCAUCAUGGCAGAGAUGCUGUUGGGGAAACCACUGUUCAAAGGCAAUGACCGUAUCCUCAUUUGACGUGAUCUGACCUGCCCCUGAGCCCCCCCAUCCACUGUUGCACAAUACAUUUAUAAAACUCUAUUACUGUGGUAAAUGCUGUUUAUUUUGGAAUCAUGCUUGUUUCCAUUUUUACUUUUCGGUUUGCCUGACUAGAACUAGAUUAUACCCUUACAUGGACAGGGGGUUUUGUUUCACCUUUACUGUAGAUUCCAUGUGUUUUUCGUUGAGAAUGUGUUCAGUAUAUCAUUUGUAUGUAGUUUGACCUUUGAACCUUGACCUGUGGAGCACAGACCUGGAUCAGCUGACUGAGAUCAUGAAAAUCACAGGGACGCCUACUCAGGACUUCAUCACCAAACUGCAGUCUCAGGAUGUGAGUCAUACACAUACUUACAUGCCAAACACAUACUAUAUGCCUGCGUGCACAUAGACCUUGAAUAUGUUGACAUUCUAUUUCUCAGGCUAAAAACUAUGUCAGAAACCUUCCUAAAGUGCAAAAGAAAGAGCUUCAGGAUCUCUUUUCCAAAGUCAACCCACAGGGUAAGACUAUCACCAUCGUACAGUAUAUUAUGUAUAGUGAAUCUGCAGUAUCCCAUCCUCAUGACAAUGUUGACUGUUCCUAUGUGUGCUGUUCCUAUCUCUCUGUUUAGAUGUAUGUAUUCCCUCUGUUAAGUGUGUUGAGACUGUGAUGAUGCACUUUUAAAUUAAAUUUGACUUGAUUUUAUUCAAUAUCCCCCUUCCACUUCAUUUCCAGCGGUGACAGUUAUAGAGUGCAUGCUGCUGCUGGACCCAGAGAGUAGGGUGACAGCGGCGGAGGCCCUCGCCCUGCCAUACUUCUCAGAGUUCAGAGAGCCAGAGGAGGAGACUGAGGCCCAGCCAUACGACCACUCAGUAGACAACUCUGACUUGCCCCUGGAGCAGUGGAAACGUAAGGAGGAGGGGAAGGGCUGGGACAGAACCAGGGCUGUAUACAUUAGGCAACGAACAGAAGAAAACUGACUGAAACUGGGAGGGAUUACCUGAACUUGUCCAAUAGAAACUAUUGUUUUUAUUUUCCAUUGCAAAAGUUUUGCUACUGUGUGUCGUAACGAAUACGACCCAGGACAGAGGGGAAAACGUGUCAAUAGGGACCAGUUUGUUUUCAUUGGUUAACAUUAAACCAUUAUUGAAGGCAUUUUUAAAGGAUAUUUUUAAAGGAUAUCCAACUUGUUUGGUAUGACAGAGUCGUCAAGCUGUGCAGGCCUCCCUGGAAUAGGGACUUAUUUUUAGAAUGUUUGUGUUGCUGAUGGAUUUUACAGUGAGCUACUGCAAUAUGCAUAUAUGCAGGAUUUCAUUCUCUACCAUGAAUUUCAAUGAAUAUGCUUCUGCAUGUAAACACUGAUUAUUUAUCUGUCUUCUCUUUCUCUCUUCCUCCUUUUGUUUGUUCACAGGUCACACGUUCACAGAGAUCUUGUCUUUCCAGCCCAAAGUGGUUGAGUCCAGGGAAACCGCACUGUAAGGUGAAGCAUAGCACAUGGAAAGCAACCCCCACCCACCAUUUUUUACAAGUGUCCAUUCAAUGUUCUCAGACUGUAAUUUUUGUAUGUGUUUACUCCUCACGUGUGUACAUUUUCAGCCAUUUUCACACCACUGUCUUGUUGCCUCCUGAAUCAAGCCCUUGUCAAGACGACGAUGUUUGUCCUUUAGGAUAAGACGUUGUUUGUCCUUUAGGAUAAGACGUUGUUUGUCCUUUAGGUUGUUGGUCCUUUAGGAUAAGACGUUGUUUGUCCUUUAGGAUAAGAUGUUGUUUGUCCUUUAGGAUAAGACGUUGUUUGUCCUUUAGGUUGUUUGUCCUUUAGGAUAAGACGUUGUUUGUCCUUUAGGAUAAGACGUUGUUUGUCCUUUAGGAUAAGACGUUGUUUGUCCUUUAGGGUAAGACGUUGUUUGUCCUUUAGGAUAAGACGUUGUUUGUCCUUUGACUAGAAUUCUAGGAUGUUUCCGUGUGUGUGUGUAGCUGUGUAGUCUAAACAUGUUUGUGACCCCUGCUGAUGUUUCCUUAACCUUGUAAUUUCGUUUUAUCGCCUUAAUUAAAGAAUAAUGGUACAGAGCCAAACAACAUCUGAAAACCAUUUACUAAAGCGUAAGCACAGAAGCAAUUAUUUUCAUGACAAAGAAUGCAGACACAUAAAAACCAUUGGUGGUCUGUAAAACAUUGCAAAAAAUAAAACAAUUUUUUAUAUGAGCCAUUUAAUGUAAUUUAGCUUACAUUGGAUAUUUAUUUUUUAUUUAAAAAACAUUGUUUGAAUAAGAGUGUCUGUUUUUCAUGCAUAGAUAUUUCUUUAAAGGAUACUUUUGUGAGAAAUGCUAUGGUGUUUUGUGUUCCCUUUGCCAUCUCUUGUUGGAUACAAACCUGUAUUGCUGCUUUCAAGAUUGGCACAAUAAGGAAGCUUCUUAACCUCCUAUCAGAUAACAGUAGAGGGCAGCACAUUCACAAAAACAGAUGUUUUCCAGGACAGACUGGGUUCCAUUAUUAUUGUACUCAAGACAGUGUCCUCUUCAUCUUUUUAUCAAACAUAAUGAAUGUUGUUCUGUGUUUCAAUCAUAUCUCAAUAUUAUCUACAGCAUGUAGACCCCAAAUAUAUAGCUAAUAUUGUAAGCCCUUACUUUCCUCAUAAAAUAUCAACACUGAGUGUACAAAACAUUAAGAACACCUUCCUAAUAUUGAGUCGCACCCUCCCUUUUGCCCUCAGAACAGCCUCAGUUCAUCGGGGGAUGGACUCUAUAAGGUGUCGAAAGCGUUCCACAGGGAUGCUGGCCCAUGUUGACUCCACAGUUGUGUCAAGUUGGCUGGAUGUCUUUUGGGUGGUGGACCAUUCUUGAUACACACUGGAAACGGUUGAGCGUGAAAACCCAGCAGCGUUGCAAUUCUUGACACAAACCAGUGUGCCUGGCACCUGCUACCAUACCCCGUUCAAAGGCACUUAAAUCUUUUGUCUUGCCCAUUCACCCUCUGAAUGGCACAAAUACAGUACACAAUUUUACAUUGUAGUAAUUUAGCAGACGCUCUUAUCCAGAGCAACUUACAGUAGUGAGUGCAUACAUUUUCGUACUUUUUCGUACACAAUUAAUGUCUCAAUUGUCUCGAGGCUUAAAAAUUAUUAUUUAACCAGUGUUCUCCCCUUCAUCUACACUGAUUGAAGUGGAUUUAACAAGUGACAUCAACAAGGGAUAAUGAUUCACCUGGUCAGUGUAUAACCAUUCAUAUUGUUAAAAUAUUCUUUUGAAAUCUGAUUCUCAGAUUCUACUGUUUUUUUAAAAAUGUCCACCAACAACUGCAGAAUGUAACAAGAUGGUCUUGACUGACCCCUGACCUCUAGGAUCCUAGGUCCCUUCAACCAGAGGAUGUGCAUACUCUCUAAGUCCCCUCCAACCCUUUCGGUGAGUGUUAUGUUGUGUUCUCCAUCCCUUCAGGGUGUUUGAUAUGGUUCACUCAGAAGUCACCAAGCUCUGUUCCCUAUCUCAGACAGGAAAACUGUGAGAAAAGCACAUUUCUUACCCUCCUCUUCUCUACCGCCCCACAACCGACCACCCCUCCUCUCCUCUACCGCCCCACCACCGACCACCCCUCCUCUCCUGCCCCACAACCGACCACCCCUCCUCUCCUCUACCGCCCCACCACCGACCACCCCUCCUCUCCUCUACCGCCCCACCACCGACCACCCCUCCUCUCCUGCCCCACAACCGACCACCCCUCCUCUCCUCUCCCACCCCACCACUGACCACACCUCCUCCACACACAACACACAGGAGCGGAGAAGGUACGGUGGGAUUCGAAAUGGUCAGUGAUCUGUUUGUUAACUUGGCUUUCAAAUACUUUCGAAAGGCAGGGCAGGAUGGAUAUAGGUCUGUAACAGUUUGGAGUGUCACCCGCUUUGAAGAGGGGGAUGACCACGGCAGUUUUCCAAUCUCUGGGGAUCUCAGACGUUAUGAAAGAGAGGUUGAACAGGCUAGUAAUAGGGGUUGCGACAAUUUCGGCGGCUAAUUUUAGAAAGAAAGGGUCCAGAUUGUCUAGCCCAGCUGAUUUGUAGGGGUCCAGAUUUUUCAGCUCUUUCAGAACAUCAGCUGUCUGAAUUUGUGUGAAGGAGAAGCGGGGGGGCAUGGGCAAGUUGCAGCGGAGGGUGCAGAGCUGGUGGCCGGGGUAGUGGUAGCCAGGUGGAAAGCAUGGCCAGCCGUAGCAAAAUGCUUGUUGAAAUUCUCGAUUAUUGUAGAUUUAUCGGUGGUGACAGUGUUUCCUAGCCUCAGUGCAGUGGGCAGUUGGGAGGAGGUGCUCUUAUUCUCCAUGGACUUUACAGUGUCCCAAAACUUUUUGGAGUUAGUGCAACAGGAUGCACAUUUCUGUUUGAAAAAGCUAGCCUUUGCUUUCCUAACUGAUUGUGUAUAUUGAUUCCUGACUUCCCUGAAAAGUUGCAUAUCGCGGGGGCUGUUCGAUGCUAAUGCAGUACGCCACAGCUUUUAUUUAUUUCAUCACAUUCCCAGUGGGUCAGAAGUUUACAUACACUCAAUUAGUAUUUGGUAGCAUUGCCUUUAAAUUGUUUAACUUGGGUCGAACGUUUCGGGUAGCCUUCCACAAGCUUCCCACAAUAAGUUGGGUGAAUGUUGGCCCAUUCCUCCUGACAGAGCUGGUGUAACUGAGUCAGGUUUGUAGGCCUCCUUGCUCGCACACGCUUUUUCAGUUCUGCCCACAAAUGUUCUAUAGGAUUGAGGUCAGGGCUUUGUGAUGGCCACUCCAAUACCUUGACUUUGUUGUCCUUAAGCCAUUUUGCCACAGCUUUGGAAGUAUGCUUGGGGUCAUUGUCCAUUUGGAAGACCAAGCAUUUGCGACCAAGCUUUAACUUCCUGACUGAUGUCUUGAGAUGUUGCUUCAAUAUAUCCACAUAAUUUUCCUUCCUCAUGAUGCCAUCUAUUUUGUGAAGUGCACCAGUCCCUCCUGCAGCAAAGCACCCCCACAGCAUGAUGCUGCCACUCCCGUGGUUCACGGUUGGGAUGAUGUUCUUCGGCUUGCAAGCGACCCCCCUUUUUCCUCCGAACAUAACGAUGGUCAUUAUGGCCAAACAGUUCUAUUUUUGUUUCAUCAGACCAGAGGACAUUUCUCCAAAAAGUACGAUCUUUGUCCCCAUGUGCAGUUGCAAACCGUAGUCUGGCUUUUUUAUGCAGCCUUUCAGGUUAUGUCGAUUAUAGGACUCGUUUUACUGUGGAUAUAGAUACUUUUGUACCUGUUUCCUACAGCAUCUUUACAAGGUCCUUUGCUGUUGUUCUGGGAUUGAUUAGCACUUUUCGCUCCAAAGUACGUUCGUCUCUCGGAGACAGAAUGCGUCUCCUUCCUGAGCGGUAUGACGGCUGCGUGGUCCCAUGGUGUUUAUACUUGGGUACUAUUGUUUGUACAGAUGAACGUGGUAGGCCUUGAAAUAAAUCCACAGGUACACCUCCAAUUGACCCAAAUGGCGUCAAUUAGCCUAUCAGAAGCUUCUAAAGCUUCUAAAAUCAUUUUCUGGAAUUUUUCAAGCUGGUUAAAGGCAUAGUCAACUUAGUAUAUGUAAACUUCUGACCCACUGGAAUUGUGAUACAGUGAAUUAUAAGUGAAAUAAUCUGUCUGUAAACAAUUGUUGGAAAAAUGAUUUGUGUCAUGCACAAAGUUGAUGUCCUAACCGACUUGCCAAAACUAUAGUUUGUUAACAAGAAAUUUGUGGAGUGGUUGAAAAACGUUCUGUUCCCUAGCUCAGACAGGAAAACGGUGAGGAAAGCACAUUUUUUACCCUCCUCUUCUCUACCGCCCCACAACUGACCACCCUCCUCUCCUCUCCUCUCCCACCCCACCACUGACCACGCCUCCUGUUCAACACAACACACAGGAGCCGCUGGCGUACCACACAUCCCGCAGCCCAUGGGCUGUUGGUGUCAGACUUCAUGCACCGGUACCUCUUGCCGUGCGGCAGCUGAGAAAAUAGUCUAUGGCUUGGGUGGUUGGGGUCUUUGACGAUUUUCCAGGCCUUCUUUUCACAUCACCUGUGAUGUACUGGGCUGUCUGCACAAGCCUCUGUAGCGCCAUGCGAUCGAGGGCGGUGCUAUUGCCAUACCAAGCAGUGAUGGAGCCAGUCAAUAUGCUCUCAAUGGUACAGCUGUAGAACCUUUUGAGGAUUUGAGGGCCAAACUUUUUCAACCUCCUGAGGGGGAAGAGGCACUGUCACGCCUUCUUCACAACUGUGCGUUUUAAGACUUUACUGAUUUGGACACCGGAAAACUUGAAGCUGCCUACCUGCUCCACUGCCGCCCCGUCAAUGUGGAUGGGGGCUUGCUCGCCCCCCCCCCCCCGUUUCCUUGGUCUUGCUGAUGUUGAGGGAGAUGUUGUUGCUCCGGCACACUGACCUCCUCCCUGUAGGUUGACUCAUCGUCGCCGGUGAUCAGGCCUACCACUGUCGUGUCAUCAGCGAACUUAAUAAUGGUGUUGGAGUUGUGCGUGGCCACGCAGUCGUGGGUGAACAGGGAGUACUGGAGGGGACUAAGGGUCAACGUGGCGGAGGUGAUGUUGCCUACCCUCACCACCUGCGGUCGGCCCGUCAGGAAGUGCAGGAUCCAGUUGCGGAGGGAGGUGUUCAGACCCAGAGUACUAAGCUUGGUGACGAGCUUGAAGGGGACAAUGGUGUUGAACGCUGAGUUGUAGUCAAUGAACAGCAUUCUCACAUACUUAAUCCUCUGAUCUAGUUGUGUGAGGGCAGUGUGGAGAGCAAUUGAGAUUGUGUUGUUUAUGGAUCUGUUGUGGAGGUAUGCAAAUUGGAGUGGGUCUAGUGUGGCUGGGAUGGUGGAGUUAAUGUGUGCCAUAACCAGCCUCUCAAAGCACUCCAUGAUUCCAGAAGUAUAGUGCUGAUUACAGAACUCUGUGGCGUGAAGCCUUAGAGUUCUUAGGAACAGGAAUGAUUGUGGUCAUCUUAAAACAUGUGGGGAUUACAGACUGGGACAAGUAGAGGUUGAAAAUUACUGUGAAUAUGCCUGCCAGCUGUUCUGCGCAUGCUCUGAGAAUGCGCCCUGGAAUACCGUCGGGGCCCGCGGCAUUGUGGGUGUUGACCUGAUUAAAGGCCCUUCUCACGUCGGCCUCAGAGAGCAAGAUCACCCAAUCCUCUGGGUCGGUGACGGCCCUCACACCCGGCUCGAUGUUGUUGUUGUCAAUAUGUUGAUUAUAUGACAAUAUUUUAGGUUGAGAAUAAUUGUAUCUACUGCCAUUCAUUCCAAUUAGACUGGUUUGGUUCUCAAUGAUCAAGAUGGCUGACAUUUUCAUCCCAUUCUGGAACUUUGAGGGUUUAGCCCCUUUAGUAAUUUAAUAGGAUCUCUAUGGUCUUAAUAUUUGGUACAGAAACCUUUGUUUGCAAUUACAGAGAUCAUACAUUUCCUGUAGGUCUUGACCAGAAUUGUAUGAAGUUAUCUCUUUCGGGGGGGGGGGGGGGGGGGGGUUGCUCAGACUUUGCGGGGGCCCUGCAGUAUGCCACUGACAGGAGCACAUGGUUGGGCUCCUCUCUCUCUGGCUUCGAUCCCCUGGUUUAUUUUCAGAGCCUGUUGUUAUAUCUUGAGCUGCACAUUUCUGCCCUCUACCCCUUGAUCCUCUCCCCACUCUCCCCUCUCCUCUUUCCACUCUACUCUCCCCUCAUUGGAGGAUGUUGACUGUUGAGGUGGACUUUUAGACUGUUCCUCCACACUGGGGGGGGGGUUGGUGGUAUGUGAGGAAUCAGAGCGAUGUCCAAACACUUACAUAUCCCUGGGUCACUCUGGUGUCUUAAAGGGGAAUGUCAGUUAUCAGGGUGUUUAUGUUAUGUGUCUAUGGGAGGUACAUCACAGGUCUUUACCUCUCCCUAUAGGACAUCUCUAAAGGCCCCUGUUUCUAUCCUUACUCUGAUGCCUGCAUGACAAUACACAAUGCACUGCAGGAGGAGAGCUGGCACCAUUCUACCACACCACUUCUCAGCUCUUACUCCGGUAGAUUGAUUAAAUAGGACCCCAACUAUUCAAAAAUGUCAUCAGUGCUUUUAAAGUUGAUGACACUGCUCUCAAAAUAACAUGGCAUGUUGUCCCAUCGCUUUAAAAUAAAUGUUAAUUAGUGUUAUUUGUGGUCCGAAGUUUGGAUGGAUGCUCGUACACUGAGCAUGUCUGACUCUCUGUCUGUAUGUUUGUGUGUACAGUAUGUAACUCUAUACUGUAUAUUUAAUGUCUCACAGAAGCAACAAACAGCCUAUUAUUUGUGUACUUGAUGUGCAUGCACCAUGUGACUAUGUGCUUGGUUCCAGAUGUUUGAGCCUAUCUGGGAUCUAGAUCUAGAUGUCAGUUCAACGUCUACAUUUGGUUGAGUUAUCAACUAACGUGAAUUCAACGUGAAAUCAUAAAACAUGUCACCAUGACAUUGGAUUAGGUUAAAAGUUGGGUGAAAAAAAGACUAACUUCACUUAUGUUGAUGACAUUUUGCAAAUCCAAUCAGUUUUCCACGUUGAUUCAACGUCAUAAAAUAUAAUUUAUUUGUUGAAAUGACAUGGAAACAAUGUUGAUUCAACAAUUUUUGGCCCAGUGGGUAUUUUACAGCAUCCUGCGUUUCCACAUAAAUGACUACGUGUCGUGUACACUAGUACUCUUAUAUAAAGGGAGAGAGAUUGAUGUUAUGUAAGUGAAAAGAGAUGUAUACAAGCUGAAAUGAUCAAGAGUGAAGUCAUAAGCAGCAAUGCAAUGUAAAACUGAGCAUUUACUGUAGUGAUGCUCUGUAAAUGUAGCAAAUAUUAAAUAUUAGGGUUCCUAUAUGCUGUGAUACACAGCACUUUUCCAGAGAUAUAUGUCCAACAGAGCCCAGGAAUGCACAAUUUUCCAGUUUGAAACGUCGCUUUACCAUUUCCCAGACCUGCGUGUGUGAGUUUUGGGCAAUUGUUUGGGAGUGAAUAUGCCUGUGUUUAUUGUUUGGGAGUGUUUAUUUUUGCAUUUGCAGUAAUAUUGUGUGUGUGCAUACUUGUGCACGCACGUGUGUACAGUGGGGAGAACAAGUAUUUGAUACACUGCCGAUUUUGCAGGUUUUCCUACUUACAAAGCAUGUAGAGGUCUAUAAUUUUUAUCAUAUGUACACUUCAACUGUGAGAGACGGAAUCUAAAACAAAAAUCCAGAAAAUCACAUUGUAUGAUUUUUAAGUAAUUAAUUUGCAUUUUAUUGCAUGACAUAAGUAUUUGAUCACCUACCAACCAGUAAGAAUUCCGGCUCUCACAGACCUGUUAGUUUUUCUUUAAGAAGCCCUCCUGUUCUCCACUCAUUACCUGUAUUAACUGCACCUGUUUGAACUCGUUACCUGUAUAAAAGACACCUGUCUACACACUCAAUCAAACAGACUCCAACCUCUCCACAAUGGCCAAGACCAGAGAGCUGUGUAAGGACAUCAGGGAUAAAAUUGUAGACCUGCACAAGGCUGGGAUGGGCUACAGGACAUUAGGCAAGCAGCUUGGUGAGAAGGCAACAACUGUUGGCGCAAUUAUUAGAAAAUGGAAGAAGUUCAAGAUGACGGUCAAUCAUCCUCGGUCUGGGGCUCCAAGCAAGAUCUCACCUCGUGGGGCAUCAAUGAUCAUGAGGAAGGUGAGGGAUCAGCCCAGAACUACAUGGCAGGACCUGGUCAAUGACCUGAAGAGAGCUGGGACCACAGUCUCAAAGAAAACCAUUAGUAACACACUACGCCGUCAUGGAUUAAAAUACUGCAGCGCACGCAAAGUCCCCCUGCUCAAGCCAGCGCAUGUCCAGGCCCGUCUGAAGUUUGCCAAUGACCAUCUGGAUGAUCCAGAGGAGGAAUGGGAGAAGGUCAUGUGGUCUGAUGAGACAAAAAUAUAGCUUUUUGGUCUAAACUCCACUCGCCGUGUUUGGAGGAAGAAGAAGGAUGAGUACAACCCCAAGAACACCAUCCCAACCGUGAAGCAUGGAGGUGGAAACAUCAUUCUUUGGGGAUGCUUUUCUGCAAAGGGGACAGGACGACUGCACCGUAUUGAGGGGAGGAUGGAUGGGGCCAUGUAUCGCGAGAUCUUGGCCAACAACCUCCUUCCCUCAGUAAGAGCAUUGAAGAUGGGUCGUGGCUGGGUCUUCCAGCAUGACAACAACCCGAAACACACAGCCAAGGCAACUAAGGAGUGGCUCCGUAAGAAGCAUCUCAAGGUCCUGGAGUGGCCUAGCCAGUCUCCAGACCUGAACCCAAUAGAAAAUCUUUGGAGGGAGCUGAAAGUCUGUAUUGCCCAGCGACAGCCCCGAAACCUGAAGGAUCUGGAGAAGGUCUGUAUGGAGGAGUGGGCCAAAAUCCCUGCUGCAGUGUGUGCAAACCUGGUCAAGACCUACAGGAAAUGUAUGAUCUCUGUAAUUGCAAACAAAGGUUUCUGUACCAAAUAUUAAGUUCUGCUUUUCUGAUGUAUCAAAUACUUAUGUCAUGCAAUAAAAUACAAAUUAAUUACUUAAAAAUCAUACAAUGUUGAUUUUCUGGAUUUUUGUUUUAGAUUCCGUCUCUCACAGUUGAAGUGUACCUAUGAUAAAAAUUACAGACCUCUACAUGCUUUGUAUGUAGGAAAACCUGCAAAAUCGGCAGUGUAUCAAAUACUUCUCCCCACUGUAUGUGCGUGCAUCUGUAUUUGUCAAGUAGAUCUCUCUGACAUUCCCCUGGUGUAAUGUGGUCUCUCUCUCUCUCUCUCUCUCUCUCUCUCUCUCUCUCUCUCCUCACGUGCCUGCCCAUGCUCCGUCUCUCUCCUGCUCUCUCUGAAAUGUACAGCGGUAAGCACAUGUGUCUGUGGCUCCUUUGAAGGAAUCCCUGGUCUAGCCAGGCAGGGGGAACAGGGGAGGAAAUUCCAAAAGCUCACAUUUUCCCUGUGAACCAACCCACCAGUUUGGCUCUGGGAAUCCUCUCCUCCAGCUUCCCUGACCUCAGGGGGGCGGGGGGUGUCAGGGCUGGAUAG